AUGUCACUUGGUGAAUCUAAUAGCAUCCAUGUCGCCAUAAUAGGCGGAGGGAUAACGGGUAUUAUACUCGCGCUAGGUCUGCAGAAGCGCGGUGUCAACUUCACUCUGUAUGAACGGGCCCCGGCUUUUACGGAACUCGGAGCCGGCAUCGGAUUCAGCCCUAACGCUGAGCGCGCCUUGAAAGUCAUCAAUCCCGAAAUAGAUCGCGUCUACAAGCAAUUGGUCGCGCCAACUCAUGGUGUAGAAGAGUAUUUCCAAUGGGCCGACGGCUACAGAACAAGUGAAAUCGAGGCGAAGCUAUUAAUCGGCGUGGACUGCUUUCAGGGAGGACGACGUUCCGACUUCGUGGAUGGGUGGUCAAAGCUCAUCUCGAAGGACUCGGUGAAGUUCAACAAGGAGCUGUCGUUCCUCGUUCAUAGAGAUGACGGCAAGGUAUCGUUGCAGUUUAAAGAUGGUUCCGUUGAUGAAGCGGAUGCUGUAAUUGGCUGUGACGGAAUCCAUUCACGCGUUCGUCAACUGAUAUUAGGAGAGACUAAUCCAGCCUCAUAUGCCAGCUAUACAAACAAAUACUGCUUCAGGGCGUUGGUUCCUAUGGAGAAGGCUCAGGCGGCGUUAGGCACGGAGCAGACGACGGGAAGUGACAAAUCGCUGAACAGGGUCAUGUACAACGGGCCGAAUGCGCAUAUUAUCACAUACCCAGUGGCCCAGGGUCAGUUCAUGAACAUCCUGCUCGUCAUCUCCGACCCCCACCCGUGGAAGACCGAAGAUGGCAAGCACACGGCCGCUGGAAGCAAGGGAGAGGCUCUUCGGGCCUACGAGGGCUGGCACCCGCGAGUGAGGGCGAUAGCAGAGCUGCUGCCCGAAGAACUGCAGAAGUGGGCCAUCUUCGACAUGUGCGAGAACCCGGCGCCAUACUACUACCGUGAUAGCGUGGCGAUCGCAGGCGAUGCGGCUCACGCUGCGGGUCCCCACCUCGGCUCUGGAGCUGGUUUCGGCAUAGAAGAUGCGCUGGUGCUCGCAACGGUGCUCGAAGCUGUCAACGAAAAGCUUGACGUUCAGGGCCAGAAGGCGAAGGUGGAACUCUGCCAGGCUGCGCUAGCCGCUUAUAAUAACAUGAGAUAUGAUCGCACGCAAUGGCUCGUAGGGGCAACCCGGGAAGCUUGCGCGUUGUUCCAUUGGCAGGACGAAAACGUCGGUAGCGAUUUCGGAAAGUUUCUUCCGGAGAUCACCAAGCGAUUUCACAAGAUCUGGAAGCAAGACAUCGACGAGAUGCUCAGGGAGACCCGUGAAGAAUUCAAGAGGUUGGGUAGCGAGUUGCCGAACUAA